AUGUCCAUUUCCAGCAAUACAGCGACGAAUCCCUAUUCGAGCAUCAACGACCUCCUCAGCAAUGUGCGCAACUUCAAGAUCAUCGAGUCGACCCUAAGGGAAGGAGAGCAAUUCGCCAAUGCGUACUUCUCGACGGAGACGAAGAUCAAGAUCGCGAAAAUGCUCGGCGAUGCCUUCGGAGUCGACUAUUUGGAGCUUACGAACCCGGCUGCCAGUCCACAAUCCCGGGACGACUGUGAAGCUAUCUGCAAGCUCGGCCUCAAGGCUAAAAUUCUAACACACACCAGAUGUACUCUAGAAGAUGCCAAACUUGCGUGUGACUGUGGAGUCGACGGCGUUGAUGUCGUGAUUGGAACGAGCCAAUUCCUCAGAGAACAUUCCCUCGGCGGCAAGAAUAUGACUGCUAUUACCAAGCAGGCCAUCGAGGUCAUUGAGUAUAUUAAGAGCCGAGGCUGCGAGGUCCGCUUCUCAAGUGAAGAUUCUUUCCGGUCUGAUCUAGUCGAUUUGCUCUCAAUCUACCGCGCAGUCAACAACGUCGGCGUCAACAGGGUAGGCGUGGCAGAUACCGUUGGCCUUGCUUCACCAAGACAGGUUUACGACCUUGUCCGGACUCUUCGAGGUUGUGUCUCCACCGAUAUCGAGGUCCACUUUCACGAUGAUACGGGCUGUGCUGUUGCGAACGCAUUUACUGCCCUUGAGGCUGGCGCUACACACGUCGACACAUCCGUACUCGGCCUGGGAGAAAGAAAUGGCAUUACCCCACUCGGAGCUCUUAUGGCUAGAAUGAUGCCGACUUCUAGGGACUAUAUUCUGUCGAAGUAUAAACUGCAAGAACUCAAGAAGAUCGAAGACUUUGUCGCAGAAUGCGUUGAGGUAAACGUGCCAUUCAACAACCCAGUUACUGGGUUUUGCGCAUUCACGCACAAGGCUGGCAUCCAUGCUAAGGCAAUCCUCAACGACCCGUCCACGUAUGAGAUCCUCAAGCCUGAGGAUUUCGAUAGUGACGUGCACUUCACGUCUAGACUUACAGGAUGGAAUGCCAUCAAGAGUCGAGUUGACCAACUUGGUCUGAAGAUGACCGACGCCCAGGUCAAGGAAUGUACGGCCAAGCUUAAGAGCAUGGCGGAUCUGAAGGUAAUGACACUUGACGAGAGCGAUGCUCUGAUCAGAAGCUUUCACUUGGAACUGCAAAAUGGAGCAUAG